UCAGGAUAGUCAUCACACAUACCUUCAGGUGCCUUUGUAGUCACUGAGGAGGAGGAGGAGGUGGGGGGAGCUUGUACCUGUCAGGUGGAGGUGAAUGCUGCUUCGUUAUUGGCUGAGAGGAGUCAAAUAGGAGCGGUGCGACUCCUCCUACUUCCCUGUCGACUCAAAAGCACUUGUGGAAGCGGCCGGGGAGUGAAAAGAGGAGGAAAUAACGCUGGUAGUGCACAACUGAAACACAGAAGAGUGUAAAACAGCAGAUAGUAGCAGAGUUACGACUUGUGUUCCUGGAAAGGUGACAAUCAGAUCGAUCGCACAGCAAAGAUGGCCUCCGUCGCUCCGUUCACCCGCAGGCAGUGGGCAUCCCAGUCGCUGAGGGUCACCGCCAAGGAGAUGUCCAUCGUCACCGCCAGGGGUAAAAACAACGCCAUCGCAGAGCGCUUCUCUAAGUACCAGAUGGCAGCAGAGGAGGGAAAUGCAGAGAAUAAGAAAAAGGUGGUGGAGCCUCUACCCUCGACCCUGGUCUCUGGGAAUCUGAGUGUUUUAAAGAAACGCUGGGAACAACAACAGCAGCCGUCCAGCCCCAGAGUCCAACCUCAGGCCGCAGCCUGCAGCCCCGCCGACCCUCAGGCCCACAUCAGUCGCUCGGCAGGUCCCAAAGUGAGACACACGUCACCGAUCAAGACCCAGCCUGACACCCUGAGAGCCCUGCAGGACCAGGAUACUGAGCCGGAGACGCAGGCCGGUGAAUCCUACUUCAACCAGCUCCAGUCUGCUCAACCUGACGAUCUGACAGACAUGGAGGCGAAGCCCGGCAGAGAUUCAGCAGAGCGGGAGGGAGCAGUGGCGGAAGUGCCCGAAUGCGAGAAGCCCAGCGUCCCCCUCAACAGCCUGAAGAUGAUGUUUGAGAAGGGAGAGAACCUGAGAGAUAAGGUGUCCAGAGAGCAGACAAGUAGAAGAAACAGCGGUGGUACUGUCAGCAUGGACCAGCUACUAGGAGCAGAUGGAAGUCUCGCAGAGUCGACUCCUCUCAGGGACAGGAUGGCCCUCUACCAAGCUGCCAUCUCCAAACAGGAUGUCUCUCCCACCUCAGUCAGUAACGAUCAGCUGGACAGUUACUGUGGGAAGCAGAAGGAAAACGUCCCUCCGUGCUCUCUGGACAUGAGUCCAGAGUCUGAACCAAACAGCAGGAAGAGUUUUACCGCAGAGAGCAACAGUUCUGGUCCCAGCACCCCAGCAUCCUCCAAUCAAAGAGACUCUUCUCAGCCCAAGACUUCCAGGAGCUUCCGCCUGCCGGUGAGGGAGACCUGUGUGUCGUGUCUGAAGACGGUUUAUCCUCUGGAGAGGCUGGUGGCCAAUCAGCACGUUUACCACAGCUCCUGUUUCCGCUGCUCGCACUGCAACACCAAACUCAGUUUGGCAAACUACGCCUCCCUGCACAACAACGUCUACUGCAAGCCGCACUUCUGCCAGCUCUUCAAGGCGAAGGGCAACUACGACGAGGGCUUCGGCCACCGGCCCCACAAAGAGCUGUGGGAGGGCAAAGGCGAGGCCGGGGAGACCUCGUCACAGUCCAACACUCCGACCAAGCCGAACAUCCAGACCCCCACCCCGACCUCGGACCUGGAAAGCCCCAGCGUGGAGGACUCCCCACUGGCUAAAGUCAACAUCCUGACAGCCACUAUGGAGGCUCUGGGACAAGGAUCAUCAGAGAAGGCUGACAGACCCACUGAGACCCGCAGGCUGAAAAUCUCCUGGCCACCACGCACAGAGCCGGAGGACACGACCAGCCGCAGCGAAGCCGCGACAAUCACAGACGGGGGCUCCGCCACUAAGCCCAUCCGAGCCAAGUGGCCCCCAGAGGACGACUCCCCCUCCUCGCCUCCCGAGCAGGUCAGAGAAACGCCCUGCCUGCGCCGGAGCUCCUCCCUGAAGGAGCGCAGCCUGCCCUUCACGCUGGCCGGCAGCACUCCCGCUCCCGAGGCCAGAAAAGAGAGUCAACCUCCUGCCAUGGACGACCGCAACCUCAGCCCUGAACCCUCCAGCAUGGAGCUGCAGCACGGCGGCCAGUCGUCAGAAAGCCAAACACCCAUCGAGGACAGCUGCGUGGACGUACACACCAGCUCAGGAGAGGAGGAGCAUGAGGGGGAGAUGAAGAGUGAAGACAUGCCAGAACAUCCUCUCAACCAAGAAGAAGAAGAAGAAGAAGAGCUUGACGGCACUCCACAGGAACAACCCGGGCAAGAAGAAGAGGAGCAGAUGGAGGAAGAAGAGGACGGAGGUGUGUUGGAGGAAGAGAUGCCUCCUCUGAAACACCAGGAGACGACAGAGCCCAUCUCGUCUCCCGAGGGAGAGGUGGAGGCCAGCCGAUCCUCGCAGGACGUGGGCUUCUGGGACAGCGAGGAGGUGGACGAGAAGGAGCAGGAGGCGCUGACGGUGGAGGAGAUGAUCAAACGGAACCGAUACUACGAGGACGACGAAGAGGAUGAGGAUGUAUAAACUGAAUAAUCUGCUCUUGAUCAAGAAGAUGACAGCCAUGGACAUUUCUCCUUUUUUUUUUUUUAAAGAUGUUUUCUUCUUCUCUUCCUAAAAGAAAGUUGCUGCAGUGUCUAGUGUGAACUCUACUGAGCUCUUUAUUUGUGCCUCUUUGAACAGUUUGAAACAUUUAAAGCCAUUCCUGCAAGAUAGUUUUUACAAAGACUGUCGGAGAACGUUUCCGCUCUGACAUUUUAAAUAUACAAUAUUUAAAAUUAAACCCCAAGUAAUGAAUAUUUUUUAGACAGAAACGUCCAAAGGUUAUGACACAUAGAAUCCGUUUUAUUUUAGUGUACAUGACUUUUGUAAUUUUCUAUUUUCAUUCGAUGCCUCCUAAUCAGUCCAUUAUUCUGAAAAAAGAUUUAAACUACUGUUAUCUACCAGUUACAUGGUUUUUGGGAAAAAAGCUCACUAAAUUUGCCUCUUUAUAAAGUUUAAUAUGAGAGCUAAAAAAAUGAAAUGAAGCCCAGCACUUCCAUCUGUUAACAUUUCUCUCUUUUUUUUUUUUUUAAAUGAUGGGUUUGGUUAGUUUUUGACACAACAUCUGUAGAAAAUACAUCUGUCACUUUAUUUUCAGUUGCCAUUCUGUAUGUACAAGUUAAACUGGAAAAAAAACAAACAUUUAUGUUCCUUUUUGUUUCCAUUUUUUGAAGAGUUAUGUCUGGAUCUGAAUAAUGUUGUACUGUUGUUUUUAAACCAGGGGACCAAAUAUCCUAGAUUGCUACUGUUUAAAUAAAUUGUUAUAUACAAAAUGUCUGAGUUGCUAAUCUGUGUCCAAUAUGGCAAUAAACUCAACUCCUGCUCA